AUGCUUUUUUCAUCGCUGGGUUUGUGGUUCGUGUUGGGCAUCGGCUUCGUUGAUGCGAGCCCUCCGAAGCAAGGAACUCCCACUGCCAUUGCAACAGUCACCCCUUGCCCAUCACUGUCGGCAGGGAAGAUACCCGCCCCCAUCAGGGUGACUACACAGUAUCAGCCCGUGUCAACGUGUAUACCACUAUCCAAGGUCUGCGUCAAGAACAAGUGCUGGACGCAAUAUUCUUAUUCAACUCACGACUUUGUGUCCACCGUCAUCCCUUGCCCAUUCGCUUCAGCAUCCUCAAUAACCACAGUCAGUAAAACCGAGCAGUCUGUCUUGGUGUCCCGCUCCUCAGAGACCGUUACAAAUACAUAUGUUACGUCGUCUGUGGUGACCAGAAAAUGGAGAAGACCCGCCACUGUUGCCUCGACAGCCUCGGAGUACACGACAGUCGUCAGAGAAUGGAGUGCGGUUUACAAAGAUCUUGGCCCUUAUGCUAUCCCAGAUUAUGAUGGCAGUGGUAUUUGUACCAAAUGCCAAGGGCCCAACGGGCAGAACAUGCAAUCACUCGAUGUGAUAGAAUGUGUGCAGAGCGCUGAUAGCCCCACCGUCUGCCGUGAGCAUCCUGAAGUCUGGAUUUUCGGUCAGGCACCUAGUUCGGCUCGUACAGCGUCCGCCAUAUGCUCGACUCAUACAUCUGUCUCUGCUGCUGGUGUCUAUGUCUUCGAGUUUCCCCAACAUCUCCCACCCGCCACGAUCCACAUACCUCCGCAAACAGUGACCUACACUGUUCCUGGCUCUGGUGGAAGAUUUCAUACUAGUACCCACACCGGUACCGCAACCACGACUGUUUUCCCUGGUCGACGUUGGACAGCCACGAUCACGCGAAAAUGUCCUCGACCAACAGUAAUCAAUUUCGAAAUCAUUGUCAAGAGGGUUAUUUACUAUGUUGUUCCGCCUUUUGUUCAUCCACAUGGACCAACCUCCCAAGUCGAGCCACCAGCAACAUGGUCAGACUGGUUCCCGAUUUCUACUACGGCUCCUCCAGCUAGUGUGUCUACUGGCUGGCUUACAACCUGGACUUAUACGUCUAGUGUGACCACUCCUACCUCUACCUCAUCUACCAGCGGUUCGUAUACCAGUAGUUCGUAUACUAUCAGCUCGCGUACCAGUAGCGCUGCGCCGACCACUGUGGGCACUGGAUUCUACUUGCAAGUAACGGCCACUCCUACCGGCUUGGGUAAGCGUGAUAUUCCGCAGUAUCUUGCAUUUGAUGCCAACAACAACGGAAUCGUGGUGAAUGAUAUCUCUUUGGCCUCACUAAUCUUCAAUGGGAACGACAACUCUUUUAUCUCCAAUGACUUGUACUUGGGAACCCUCGAGCUUGCAGAUUCACCUGUUCAGCGUACUAUCAAUUUCCCUGCCGGCUUUCAUACCUGGUAUUUUGUUGGCAACCUUGCCCAGUUGGAGGGAACUGCAGGCUUUUGUCUGUACGCGCCCAACCUCGUCAGAGCGUAUGUUCGGCCUGAGGGAUGUGCAAACCCUAUCUUCCUUGUCCAAAGUAUUUUUUCGACGUCUUCCUCGACAACGUCAACUAUUACAAGCACAUCAAGCAAUAGUUUAGCUGCACGCUCGACCUCAGCAUCCACAUCCUCUAGCAGCAGCAGCAGUUCCUCAUCGAUCUCUUCUUCAGCCGGCGCUGUAAUUACUUCGAUUAGUACCUCGCUCACCAGCGUAUCCAGCACCAAUACGACUGAGCACUCGACUAGUAUACCGUCCACGGACAUAUCGUUGUCCUCGAUGUCUCAGUCUUCCACAUUCAUUAGCAUUGCGUCUAGCAGCUCAAGUGUCGCUAGCUCCAGCAGUAGCAGCACGACAACCACGUCCUCGACUGUGGGUCCACAAACAGCUGAUACAAGUUCGACGUCAUUGGAUAGUCAAAUCGCGUCAAGUCUUAGCAGCACAAGUAGUACGGAGCUCAUGACGGCGGCUGUCUCUACUACUACCGAGACCACGACCACCAGUAUCACCCUGACGAUGUCGGCAACUACGACAUCCGCAACGGCAACGUCUUCUGGCUUUAUGCUGCAAGCUGUCGCCAGGUCAUUGACUAAACGUCGUAGAGACGUUAUCCAAGUCUAUGUUGGCUUCGCUAACGACGGUGCUAUUGCAACAGAAGACCUGGGAAUUGCAUCGAUCUUCUACUUGGGGAAUAAUGGCCAACUGACUACAGACAAUGGUAAGCAGGUAGGCAGUCUGAUUAGCCAGGACUCGAGGCUCAUUAAGUUCUUGAAUACACCACCUGCUUUCAGAAUUUGGUCAUUCCCAUCCGGCAUAGGCCAACUCUCGGGGGCGGAGGGGUUUUGUCUCAUCUCUGGCAGUGUAUACGUAGUCAUUGAUAUAGAGAACUGUGCACAGCCGAUCAAUCUUGUGCAGGCAGCUCUUUUCCCAUUGAGUACAUCCUCGUCAAUGGCUGCUACAACAACUACUAGGGCCGCUUCGACAACUGAGAUGACGACAACUACGUCUGAGACUGGAUCGACUACUUACAUCUACUACAACCCCCUCUACGAAAUCCUCGACUACAUCUACUGCAGAAACUACUACAAUGUCUUCAAUAACAGAUACUACAAGAAUGACACUCACCAAUACCAAAACGACAGAUACUACUACGACCUCCGCAACGACCAGCACGACCAGCGCAACUACUACCAUAACAAGCACAACUACACAACCAGCAUAGCGGGCGCGAUAACUAGCACAACCAGCACGCCUAGUACAAUCAGCUCGGCUAGUACGACCAGCUCGGCCAGCGCGACGACUACUACAUCCAGUACGACCGCCGUGAUAACUAGCACAACCAGCACGCCUAGUACAAGCAGCUCGACCAGCGCGACCACUACCACGGCCAGCACGAGCGACGCAACAAUCAGCACAACCAGUACAACCGACUCGACAGCUAGCACGACCAGCAUAACUACUAGCACGACCAGCAUAACUAGUACGACUAGCUCGACCAGCGCGACCUCUACCACGACCAGCACAACCAGUACAACCGACUCGACCACUACCACGACCAGCACAACCAGUACAACCGACUCGACCACUACCACGACCAGUCCAGCAACUACCACGACGACCACCGCAGCCGCCGCUCCAACCUGUGCCGCGCUUUCGAGCCCGUUCACGGCAGCCAACGGGGAUCAGUUCUCGCUGCAAUGUGGCUUCCAGGUCAACGGCCAGUCCCUCCAGGGCAGCCCGUUCAGCAGCCCCGACUUUGUAACCUGCAUGGAGGCCUGCGCUGCGGAUCCUGCCUGUGUGUACGCCAACUACCAAGACAGGACGCUCCCUGCCAAUCCACCGUUCCAACCCAACCCGGUCCAUAUACAAGACUGUACCCUGCUAUCCUCGACCAACGGAUUUGUUGCCUUUGCGGGUUACGACGCCGGCACGAAGCUCCCUUGA